AUGAUCCGCCUCACUCCCCUUCCAGCAGCUCUCGCUUUUCUCCUCCCUUUCGUGAUCGCUUAUCCUCAAGGCUCCGUCUGGGGGCGCGGAGGAGGCCGCGGACGGUGCGGAACCGUCACAACCGCUGAAGACCUAGCUGCCAUCGCUGCGGUAGCCGGCCCAAGCAGCGGGAGCUUCUCGAACGUCUCGAACUUCUCGUCCGUAUCGACUAAGCGUUUUAGAGCAAGGUCUCUGCCCACCUAUUCUCUCGAGCCUUGGUUGUUAGGCGAUAUCACUGUUAAGACUUGGAUACAUGUUGUUGCUGUCAAUGAGACAUUGGAUGGAGGAUGGAUCCCCGAUGAUCAGCUCGCGGCGCAGAUGGAUGUGUUGAAUGAGAAUUACGCUCCAAAUCAUAUCCAAUUCGUUCUCGAGGGCAUUACGCGCACUGUCAACCCUCAUUGGGCGACAGGUGUUAAUGAUGACACCGAGCUGCAGAUGAAAUCCGCACUCCGAAAGGGAGAUUACAAGACCUUGAACAUUUACUUUCAGCAGUCUUUAUGGAGCAAUAUUAUUGGUUUUGCGCGCUAUCCAACCACUACAGAUGUGGGAAGUGUUGAUUUCAACAUUUCUGGGCCCACCCUUCUUUACACCACCGUUCCAGGUGGGACUCGAGAGUACUACAAUCUGGGGAAGACUGCCACUCACGAAGUCGGUCACUGGAUGGGUCGGCGACGACAGCUGUGA